AUGUUCUCUGAUUCUGCUGGCUCGACCGUCCUCCUGAUCUUCAUCGGCGCUGUCACCCUAACCUACUUCCUCGCUCGCAAGAUGUGGGGCCAUGACCCUCGCGAGCCGCCGCUGGCUCCCCAAUCGAUCCCUAUCAUCGGCCACAUGAUCGGAUUAUCGCGGAGCAAGUUCAACUACUACGUCGAUCUUAGUGAGCAGACAGGUUCCCCGAUCUUUACCAUGUCUCUCCCUGGCCAGAAGAUGUAUGUAGUGACGGAUCCCGAGCUCGUCCAGACUGUGCAAAAGCAACAUAAGAUCCUUGCAUUCCCGCCUAUCGAGGCCAAGUUUGCGUCUCAGGUCUGCGGAGCUAGCCUCGAGGCUCAGGCUAUCCUGAACAAAAACGUCAACGGCGACGAGGGCAAUUUUGGCCUUUCCAUGGAGUCUUAUGAUGCGAUGCGGGCGGGGCUCAAGCCUGGCUCGCAGCUCGACGAUAUGAAUCGCCUUAUGAUCCAGGAAAUCGCAAAGUCGCUCGAUUCGCUGCAGCCACGCAAGGGAGAGUCCCGGAGGAUCGGGAUGUACAGCUGGCUCAGAGAUGCCAUCACGACGGCUACCACGAGGUCUGUGUAUGGCCCUAUGAACCCGUACGACGAUAAGUCCAUCGCGGACGCCUUCUGGAAUUCGAAGGCGCCGAUUGCGGCGCGUGCCAAGGUCGCCAAAGCCUUUGAAGCAUAUUACAAAGCCGGAGGUGUAAAAAAGGCAUCAGCUCUCGCCCAGAAUCGCUAUCAAGCAGAAAUAAACAACAACGUUCCGCUGGAAGACAUCGCUCGCUACGAGGUUGGAGGAUCGAUCGCCGUCUUGGUAAACACGGCGCCUGCGGCGUUUUGGACCCUUCUCUUGCUUCACUCCCACCCGGGCGUUCUCGACGAUAUUCGGAAAGAGAUCGACGCUUGCAUCGAAACAACCACCGAAAACAGUACUACCAUCAAGGCUAUCGAUAUCACUACUCUUAAGGAGAGUUGCUCCCUUCUGCUCUCCUCAUAUCAGGAAGUUCUCCGCUAUUGUUCGAUGGGGACUUCUGUCCGCGAAGUGAUGGAAGAUACGUACCUCGGCCCGUGGUUGCUGAAGAAAGGCGCCAUGCUACAGAUGCCGAGUCGCAUAAUUCAUCAGGAUGCCAAUAUUUGGGGUGCCAAUGUCAAAGACUUCAAUCCUCGCAGGUUCCUCCCCGAAGAGAAGCAAAACCGGCCUCGUGACACCUGCUUCCGAGCGUUCGGUGGCGGCAAGACCCUUUGUCCCGGGCGGCACUUUGCAACUAACGAGAUCCUAGCGGUCGUCGCCGUUUUUAUCGCAAGAUUAGAUAUGAAACCCGUAGAAGGCGACUGGAAGCUUCCGACUACCGCAAACACCAACGUUGCUGCGGUUGUCAUGGAGCCGGAUGACGAUAUUGAGGUUGAGAUAAGAACACGGCCGGGAUUCGAGGACGUCCAAUGGGCCAUCAACCUUAACAAGUCGGAAAAGAUAUUCGCUAUGGUCACAGAGGACAGCGUCGAAACAGAGUAA